AUGUCCUCCACGUCGGACUCUAAGCGUUCCGCAGUGUCGCACUUGUCGCCCUCGAAGUUGGGCUGGAAGUCGCCGUCGAUGUUGCUGAUGACGGACGGGAAGACGCCCUCGGAGAUGGUGGGCAAAGCGCCCUCGGGAAUGUGGAAUUUUACCUUGAUGUCCUUGAAGGUGGACUCGUCGUCGUUGAAGCUGGUCUCGCAGCCGCCCUCGACGCUGGACUUUCUCGGUUGGGGGAGCGGAGGCAGAGGCACCUUCAUGUCGCCGAUGUUCAUCGUGAUCGCCGUCCCCGGCCUCCCCGAUGCGGAAGUGGAGGACAGCAGCGUCACCUUCCGGCCAGGUGACCCGUUCGAGAUGCAGCAGCCUUGGGGGGGCACGUGCGGGUGCCACGCCAGGUGGGAGGACUCGGGCGCCCGGGCCGCGCUCGUGCUGGAGAAGCGGCUCGCGCACGGGGGGCUCGAGGCGGCGCUGCUGGAGCGCUUCGAGGUCACCGAGGCGGGGCGGCUGGCGGUAAGCACCACCCUGGUCGGCAAGGGCAGCGUCACCGUGGCUCUGGACUCGGCGUCGGAUCUGGACCUGCUCCAGAGGAGCGUGGACCCCAAGAGCUCGAGGCUCACCAGGGAGGUCAAGCUCAGCAACGGGGAGAUGGUCAUGCGCUCUGGGCGCUUGGUCAGCCACACCGCUGCGGAGCUCGCGGCCGUGCAGCUGCCAGAAAGCACCAUGCCGAGGGGCGACAGGGAAUCCAUCUUCGAGGUGUUUGAGGCGAGCUUCGAUGGCGUUGCAUCAGUGGUGCACGCGGUUAAGGUGCAGGGCGCGAGCGACCUCCAGCCGCGGACGGUCGGUGCCAUGUUUGGCCAUGCUCUAUUUGGCAUGGCCCGCGGCAGCUGCAAGAUCAUGGAGUGUCUUCUGUCGCGACCCCGCCUGCGUGGCAAUUAUUCGACGGUGUCGCAGUGCGGUGAGUGGGAUGGGCAGUGGAGUUUUGUGCUUAUGGCAGCUGCUUGUAUCCUCAUUGGUAUAGAGACGCACGCGGCUACCAACGCCAUCCUGCGCAAGUUCCAGGGUGAGAUGCUGGGCGACUUCGACGAUGGCCAGAUGCAGACCGAGCGGAUGCCCUCACACUUGUUUCGGACGAAGGCCAAGGCGAGCGGCGCCCCCAUGGCCUACUGGCACGGCAACCCGGAGGCCGAUGUCUUUGCCAACGGCGGUGCGGCCACACACCUUGGGAUGCUUCACCGGGGGCGCAUCAGGCAGAACAGGUGA